AAAUUGAUCGCGUCUUUUGAAGAGGAGAAUAAUGAUCAAGACAUCGAUAAUUGCAGCAUUUUACAAAUUUAUCAUCGUGCACGGUGUCCGAUAGCUAGUGUUAAUGGGCCAGGUAUAUAACAUCGGUGUUAUUUUAUGAUCUUAUAAUUGUUCGCUGAUUGAGUGCGGCCGGUUGAAGUGAGUGAGUACGCUGGGCCGCUAAGAGAUUCCAUAAAUUUACAUAAGCCGACAACUGCCAUCUUUCAUCUUCGCGUGUCAAUGAAUGUGUGCGCCAAUGGGACCUGUUGUUGAACGAAGAAGAGUGGUUUGAAGAAACAGAGUACUUUCUGUUCCUAAUCUGUGCAACGACGAUAGCAGAGGCAGUGGGGUCCUCUGCUUGUAGUUAUGGAUAUCCCAGCAAUGCCCAAGGAUGAUUGAUGAAAGUCAUAAUAAGCAACUACAUGCUAUCAACCAAUUAUCAUGAUCUGGAUAUUAUUUCAACGGGAUAAUGAUCGCACGUGUUAUGGAUUAAAAUGAGAAACGUUCCGCUGAUCAUAUGUAUGAUAUUCAUGUUUGUCGAAAUAAGACUCGCCGAAAGCUUCGCAUCCUCAGUUCUAUGUUCAAGAAUUCCAGGGCUGUCACCUUAUCAAAGACAACUGUGUAUUGAAGCCCCAGACGCUGUAGUAUCGCUAAGUACUGGACAAAAACUCGGUGCUCAAGAGUGCCAACACCAAUUCAGAGGUCAUCGCUGGAAUUGCACGCAAGUUUGGAAGAAGGACAUGUUUGGUCACAUUGUAAUAAUUGGAUCUCGAGAAGCAGCAUUCACAUAUGGGAUCACAAGCGCCGGAGCCGUCCAUGCGAUAACAGCAGCAUGCGCCAAAGGAAACAUCACAAUGUGUGGUUGCGAUUCAAAGCAGAAGAUGCAAUUUUCCACUGAAAGCGAUAGUUGGAAAUGGGGCGGAUGCUCCGCUGAUAUCGGCUUUGCCAUGCGGUUUACUAAGAAGUUUCUGGACGCACGGGAGAUCGAAAACGAUGAUCGGAGCAUGAUGAACCUUCACAAUAAUCGUGUAGGACGUAAG